AUGCCGCCAAAACGUGCACUCGGUCCUUUUGACAAACGAAGAAGAGUGACCCGCUGUCAGGCCUGUGCGACUCGGAAGAUUCGAUGCUCCGGUGGCAUCCCCUGCAGCUAUUGUGUACGAACCAACCGGAACUGCCUGGAGCAGGACAAAAAGAGACCAGCAACGACCAUCAUAGGCCAUACUCACGAUGUCAUUUACCAAAGCCGUCAAUCACGAAAGACUCUUAACCAGCAGAUGGGAAAUAGAACAGAAAUUCGCUACAUUGACCAGUUCAUGGCUUUCAUCCGCCGUAAUCGAUUUACCCGUCGCUUUCGAUGUCUGCCUACGGAGGUUGUGCCCCUGCUUCAUACGUCGACAUUGCUCAGUUUGGCUGUCACCGCCAUCGGCGCGUUGGAUGCCGCGCGCCAUGCUUCAGUCAGCACGCACAGGGGUCAGGAGUCUCCCCGGUUGAUUGCGUUGAGCGCGUACUCCAGCUCUCUCCGCGAAUUGCAGACGGCAUUAGCAGACAGUGACGUUGCCCGUAGAGAAGACGUACUCUGGGGGACUUUCUUCCUAGGCUUGUUCGAGCUGAUGGCUGAUCCAUCCGGGGAAGGCUGGGCAAAGCACAUGUUAUCGGGGACCUCUAAGCUUCUCCAGCUUGCAGGACCGGGCCAAAAGAUGUCCACUCCGCGGCAGAUGUUCUUUGAGCUUUUUCGUGUACUCGAGGCUAGUAGAACGCUGUUGUACGGUGCGACUUCGAUCCUUCCCGAGUUGGAGUGGCUGCACUCCCCACGGGAUGAAUCGUCCGCAACAACAGACCAGGAUGGCCUAGAAACUAUGCUGAGUCUGAUGAUACGGACAUCUACCUUUAGUGCUCGGUUCUUUGACCUCGUUCAUGGCGUGCAGGAUCCGGAUCUACCCCUGAUUCAUGCCCUAGGGCUUGAAGGACUGGAGAUACAGCGUUCCAUAUAUGAAUGGCAUAAUCGAGCUAUUAUCUUACUAGAUCAAGUGGCAAACGCAGACUUUCUCCAAUUGGCCUUUGUCUACUCUCACGCACUGCUCAUCUUCCUCUCCAACAAUUACAACUACUAUCCAUACUGGAGCCAUAGACAGGCACCACGCCUAUCGCACUGGGAGACUGACUACCAUGUAGACGCUAUAUUAGAGCAGGCGGAUCGGAUCUUGACCGCAUCGGACAUACCAGGGGUCUUGUUGUUCUUUCCCCUCCGAGUCGCCGGCAGCCGGGCGAAGGACGGGAUGCAGCGAGCAAGAAUCCUGGGCAUGCUGGACCGGGUCUGGAAAAACGGGUUCAUGGUCUCGAAGCGCAUUGGCAGUGAUCUGCAGGAGUAUUGGGAGUAUCACAAGAUGCGAGUGGCAUGA